AUGGUAACAUGUAAAAAAGCUAAUUCGUAUACAGAUUCCUACGAUUCAUCGUCGUCCCCGAAUGGUUCCAGCUUGGAUUGUCUCAAUUUGAUCGUUCAAAAUAUCAACAAAUGUACGACAACAACGACUGGCAUUAAGACAGCAACAAUAUCUCCGACAAAUUUACAUGGAACAACAACAACAUAUCCCACAAACAGUUUACAUCACAACAGCAGCAGCAAAAGCAACAACAAUAACAAUAUCAAUGGCAGACAUACAAGUUCCAGCAACAAUAUUUUCUCUGACAUGUCAGUAAGAGGAGGAUGCAGGAUUGGUGGCGGUGGUAAUGCGGCAUUAAAAAAUGCGACAAACACACGACUGGGGGGACUUGGACAUGGAUCACCAACAACACCGGCAAUGGGUGUUGUUGUCGCAACAGUGACAACGGCAAACGCAACAACAUCAUCCGCAGCAGUCACAACAACAACAUCAACUCAUUCAUCAUUAAAUGCAACAUUUAAGCAGAAAUGCACAACAUGAAGAAGAAGAAGAAGAAACUGAGGAAGAAGAAGAAGAUGAUGAGAAAGAGGAAGCAUAUAACGAUUGGUAAAUCCCUAGACAGAAUGAUGGGCCGGAAUAUACAUAUAUUUUCAAUCUUUUCGUGUUGAGCGCGUCAAAACGAAUGUGCCUAUGUGUGGGGCCGACUAGAGAUUAACCAUAGGAGCAGAACAAACAAACCAAAGAUUUAAACAUAAUUUAGAAUAAUGAUAUAUAUGUAUGUAGAAAUAUUGUAAGAUAGGAAUAAAACAGAAAACAACUGUAAGAUAAAUUAAACAAAAAAAAAUA